GAACAAUUAUUGUGAUCAGCCUUUAAGUGCAGAUUCAACGCAGGCUAUGGACAUCCAGAAUGUCGGUUUCGAAACAUUAGUUAAGAACACGGGAAACGUCUAAGCAUGUGCUUUGUCCCUUACGGCAUCCGUAGUGUAACCAGGAAGUUAAACCGGUUACCAAGUGAAACAGGAAAUAGCCGAAAGGAACUGUCGCCAACUGAAAUUUCUGAAAUUUGAAGUUGGAACAAGCUUCCACUUGGAAUAAAGCCUACCUUACUGCGUUAUUGAAAACGUGAUAAUCAUAUUUCUACAGUGCAGGAAACAGAUGGCUCUUCCCACCCUCUCGAUGCGCUGUCCGAGCCGCUCUCGAGUUCUGGAGCAGCAGAUCGUGCGACAGCGGGAGCAGGAGGCUCGCUUCCGGCAGCAGUGGGAGCUGCACUCGCAGUAUUUCAAACAGAACAACGUGCGGAGCAGCAAGCAAGCCCAGUGGAGCUCCCGACAGUCUUACCACCAGAGCAUGACAGCCUACCAUCAGGAGAAAGUGAAGGAGGAGAAGAAGAGGAGUCUGGAGCAGCGCAGGGCCCGUCUCCGAGCCUUCCUGCAGGAGGAGAGGGACCAGCUGGAGGCUGAGCUCAGAGAACUGGUCCCCGACAGAGAGACGCUGGCCAAACAGAUGACAGAGAGGAUGGAGGGGCUCAGGACAUCCAGGGAAGAGCGGAGAAAGAAGGUGGCAGAGGAGCUGUUGCAGGAGCAUUGGAAGAGAAAUAAUUCAGAUUUACGUCAGGUUGAAUCAGCAUUGCACAAGGACCAUGUAGUGAACAGCUGGCAGGUGCAAACGAGAGAAAAAAAACAGCAAGCAGAAGAGACUCGGGAAGAGCAAAGGCGGUUUGAGAACGAGUAUGAGAAGAGUCGCAGGGAGGCCCUGGAGAGAAUGAAGAAGGAAGAAGAGAGGAAGAGAGCAGAGGAGAAACAGAGAGCAGAGGAGCUGCGACAGCAGAUGGAAGAGCUGAAGCUGCGAGAUGAGGAGGCCAGGCGUCUCAGGAAGGAGCAGGAUGCCCUGCUGGCACAGCGCUGGGAGGUGGAGCAGCUUGAGGAGGAGAGGAGGAAACUGGAGGAGCGCAGGAAGAAAUCAGAGCUGGGACGGAUUCUGACCCGUCAGUAUCGCACUCAGAUGAAGAGGCGAGCUCAACAAGUACAGGAGGAGCUGGAAGCAGAUCGCAGGAUCCUGGCUGCCCUCCUGGAGGGAGAGAAGGAGGAGCUCCAGCUGAUCAGUGCACGGAGGGAGCGGGCUGUGGCUGAUGCUGCCUGGAUGAAGCGAGUCAUCGAGGAGCAGCUUCAGCUGGAGAGAGAGAGGGAAGCCGAGUUUGACGUCCUCUACAGAGAAGAGGCGCAGCGAGUGUGGGAGAAGCGAGAGGCAGAGUGGGAAAAAGAGAGAAAAGCCAGGGAACGUCUCAUGCAGGAGGUAUUGGCGGGAAGGCAGCUGCAGUUGGAGGAGAAAAUGCAGGAGAACAGGCAUGCGCAGCAGGAGUCUGUGGAGCGCCGGGAGCAGCUGAUCCGAGAACUGGAGCUGGAGAGGCUGCGGAGGAGGCGCGAGAGAGAGGAGGAAGAGGAGCUGAAGACGGCACGCAAGCAAGAGAUCGCAGCACAGGUGGAAGAACGGCGCAGAGAGCAGUGGGAAGAUCUGCGAAGACGAGACCAGGAGGAAGAGGAGGAGCGAGAGGCUGAGAGGAGAUACAUGGAAGAGCUCCAGCUGGAGACGGAGAGGAUGACACAGCGUGGAUAUCAGGACAAGCUUCGCAGUCGCCCACGAACAGCAUGGACAUAGGGUGGGGAUGACCUCCAGCACACUAUGGCCUGUUCAGAAAACAAUGACAGUAUCCUUUGUAUAUAAAUAAUAAGGGGGAUCUAUUACAGUGUAAUAAUUGUACAGUUUGAAAAGGGGAUAAUGUCAAUACCACCAUUUCUCCAUUUAAUGGUGAGAAAUGCAAUGAAUCUCAUGACCCCAUUUUACUUUAUUUCAUUGAAUGGCCUGAACUGUUACCGAUUAUAGACCUUAGCUGUACUUGGAAUUUAGAAGCAGAUACAAGUGUGACAGUAGAUGUAGACAACAGUUUCUCUUUAGCAAUGGACUAUGUUACAUUAAAAAAAAUGUUUGGAAUGGAUGAGCUUGAAGAUUGUUGAGGGAAUGUCUGAAAAUGAAAUAGCUUUUUUUGAUAAUCUGCAGAUUUUAAGAUGGAUGAUUAGAAGCCAAAGAACCUUGAUCAAGUGAGAGGGCCUAUGUCUUCAAACUCACUGUCAUCAUGCUGUGAUAAGCAUUAGUCUCAAACCAAUAGGCAAGUCUUUUAAAUUUUAGGCUUAACAGUCUUUAGGCUCAGUUUGUUGAGAUCAGGAAUCACUGCAAACCUGCUUCAACUUCUUCUUUCCUUUAGCUUUAAGUUCAAUGUGGAAAUGCUACAGAGUGAAAACAGAUUUGCUCUCAUGAAAAUAUUCAUUUUUAUGCCAAUAUUCAAUAUUUUAUGUAGCUUUUUAACUUGUUAAAAUAUUUGUAACAACAAUUUUGUAUACAAUAAAAU